GAGUGCGUCUUUGUUUUGUAGCUUUUGUUUGUUACUUCACAUAGCGAGUGCUCUUUAAUGUUUCAUGCUUCAAGCGCUCUGGCUGGCAAAGGAGAGUCUGUCUAGUAAAUAAAGGGGAAGAAGCAUGUCGGUCAGUAUCCCACAGCUUCGGGCAGCAUCUUCAGCUCUGCUGCUCUUGCUUUUCUGUCAGGUGAUGUGUUCUGCACAUGAAGAUGAGAGUAUUGAAGACGUGCGUUGCAAAUGCAUUUGUCCUCCAUACCGAAGCAUCAGUGGCCAAAUCUACAAAAAGAACGUCACCCAAAAGGACUGUAACUGUCUGCAUGUAGUGGAGCCCUUGCCAGUGCCGGGUCAUGAUGUGGAGGCUUAUUGUCUGCUCUGUGAGUGCAAGUAUGAGGAGCGAAGCAGCAAUACCAUCAAGGUAACCAUAAUCAUCUACCUGUCUGUGGUCGGUGCUCUUCUGCUGUACAUGCUGUUCUUGCUUUUGGUGGAGCCUCUGAUCCGCAGACGUGAUCCCUACAGACAACCACUGCAGAAUGAGGAAGACUCUGAGGAUGUGAGGGCUCCAGGCCGAGGAAACACGGUGCUGGAGCGAGUGGAAGGGGCUCAGCAGCGCUGGAAGAAACAAGUUCAAGAGCAGCGCAAGACUGUAUUCGAUCGCCACAAAUUGCUUAGCUAAACUCUGUUACAGUGACACUCGGAGCAAAGGCAAGCUGAUCGUCCUGAGUUUCAUGAUUUAUUUAUUUAUUUUGUUAACAGUGGGACCACAUAUGGUUCAUGUUAUCAGUGAAGCUUUUUUUUUUACAUAGCAUUCUGUUUGCUAUAUGAACCUCAGUUUAAUUAAUGUGCUUAAAAUUCUAUUAAACUGAAAUUAUUAGGCUUGUUAUAUAACAAGGAGAAUUACAUAUAAUGGCUGCUUAGUUUAGACUUCAAAGUUAUAUUGCAAAUAUUGGGAAAAAUGGACUGUCUUGCAAAGUAAUAUGAAUUUGGGGAACACCUGACAUUCUCAACUUUUCUUCUAAAACAAAAUAGAUUGAGCAGGCAAAUGUAGUAAUUAAGCAACAUAGGAUUUGUCUGCAUGUUACAUGCAUAUCCCUUCUGCACAUUGUUAUAUCUCCAACUGCUUUUCUUCAUUUAGGACAUUUGUAAGUAAGAUAUCAGUGACUGGAUUCUGGGCUUUGCAAUGAUUGCCAUUCCUAAUGUCAUGCCAUGUCAUCAGUUGCCUAAGUGGCUUCUGAUUUCACACCAAAUAUAUGCUGAUUGCACUGAAUAUUUAUGAUUGUUUGAAUAUCUGUCUUUUGCACUUCGUAUGUAAAAUAAAUCUAAUACUGGCUUUGUAUUUCAGAUAAAGACCUAUGGAUUUUUGUUUGGAUAAUUUAUCUAAUAACUUGAUGGCUUUAACAUAUAUUAAUUCUGCUAAGACACUCUACAUUGAGUGGCUGUAUUUGUUAUUUUUGACAUGUAAGCUGUAUAUUAAGUGUAUUUGGUACACCUACCUUACAGUUAAUUAUUGGCCACUUUAUUGGGUACAUCUAACAUAUCUGAGGAAUUUAUAGGCAUAUUGUUUAAUUACUAUAAGCAUAUUGUUUAUAGGUGUACUGUUUUGCUUUGAUAUGUACAAUUUCUCAGCCUCCUCUACCCUGUUCUAUAGCUGAAAAGGUCCGCCAUAAGCUUUGCCCAUUGGGGGAGUCCUUAAAAUUUAUUUGUAGAACCCUACAACAUUGUUUUCCUUUUAGAAAAGGUUCCAAGUCAAGCCUGUUUUUGAGAUUCACUAAGAACCCUUAAAUAUCUAAUGAAUCCUUGAAGAACCCUUAUUUUCUAAGAGUGUAGGACUAGUCAUAAUGGUAUGAUGGUGUAUGGUUCUGCUGCUGUCCCUGAUAUACUCAUGCCAAUGCCUUGGUUCUGUGAUGGUGGAAUGAAUUGUCCAUGAUGACAGUAAUUAUGUGCUUAUUGGUAUGUACCCAAUAAAAUGAUUGCUGAGUGAAGGUGCAAGGGAGAUGUACCCAUUAAACAUGCAACUGAGUGUGUGUCACUGUUCUAUUUCAGGAAAUCUCAUUCCAUGUGUUGUAUUCUACUUGCACUGAGAUGAAAUAAACACAAUCUUUGAAAGUUG